AUGGGUGCGAUAAAUAUCCCAUUUUAUAGGGAGCUUCAGGAAAUAUUUGCUGGAGACGCAUCAGUGGAACCCAAAAGAGCGGCCGGAGGGAACGGUCUUGAGUUCAGACAUCUGGAGGACACAGAGGAACCUUUGGGGAUGCCACCUCAGACCCAGUCAAGUGAUGAUUUUAGCCCCAGUGCUGGUUCAGAAGAUUUAUUUUCACAAGAAGUACAACCAGGGACAUUUCUGCUUAACUUGACGUCAAUUAAUGACGAUGCUGACAUGACUCAAAUUCAACUUGAUGAUGGAGAAACUGGUGAACAUAACAGCAAUACAAAUGUUCAGCAUAAGGAUAGCCAAGAUGUUAAUAUGUGUUCUGAUGAUGAAAACAAUGAAUGUGAAUUUCCCAAUCUUCAACCUGUGAAACCCAGCGCUACUUUUGCCGCCCGUCAACGUCAAGGUUUGACGCCGUCCGAGAGACGUGCAAUGAUUAAAAGGCGGCAGGAAAAAUCGACUUGUGAGAAAAUGUGUGAAAAAUUGAUUGAGUGUUCCCAAAAUAAUGUUAAAAUGAUGAUUGAAAACAGCAAUGAUCGAUUUGCAAAAGAGAUGAAUUGGAAGGAAAUGUAUUUUCGAAAAACCGGUGAUAAUUUUAUUAAGCUUAUUUCUGUUUUGGAAGAUUUCUCUUCAAUCUACAAGGAGGCUUGUGCCAACUUUCAAAAUAAAGAAGUCAGGAUUUUGAGAUGGGUUAAGAAAAAACCAAGAACUAAGAAGAAUGUGCAACUCACUCCUGAAAAGAAUAUUGACAAAAAAGAAUUUUUGGUGGGCAACAGGGAUAAUGAGGCAAGUACUAGGAGAAUCCAGGUGCCAGAGCCCAAAGUAAGGUCACAAAGACUUAUUCGCAAGCCAGUCCCCUUCUCACCGUAAUAUUUGGCAGUGAAGAAAAGUGUUAAAUAUUAAUACAUAUAUGUGUUAAUAAUUAAAUCUUUGCAAUGUAUGAUUAAAACAUAGU